ACUCAUUUGACAGGGAUCACACACACAGCAGUGUGGAGGUGGAGAAGCUCACCUUCCCCACGGUGGCGAUGUAUCAGCCAGGAAUCCUUAAUAGAAGAAAAGCUGUCUGGAGACCGAGGAAGGUUGCCCUCAUCGCCACAGCUGUCUUGCUGGUGUUGGCCGUGCUCAUUGGGCUCCUUGUUUACUUUUUGGUGUAUGAUGAGAAGACUCAUUACUACCAGGCGUCCUUCUGGAUUCCCAGUAUUAAAUAUAGCUCAGAAUUGUCUGAAGAGCAGUCAAAGUUUCAGACUGACCUGAAACAAAAAAUCAUCAAUGAGAUAGAUAUGAUAUUUCAAAGAUCCAGUUUAAAGCAUCAUUAUGUCAAAUCUCAAGUUGUCAACUUUCGGCCCAGUAAUGAUGGUGUAAAAGCAGACAUACUGAUUAAGUUUCAGAUUCCCCAUAAGAAUGUGGGUACUUUGAAAAGACAAGCUGAUAGCAUUUUGCAAUGGAAGCUGCAAUCCACCCAGAGCUUCUUGAAGAAAGACAUCUCAUUACCUUAUCUUAGAGAAAUGAAUCCAACACAAGCAGAGCAUAUUCUAAACAGCGACUGCGGCUGGGGGAUGGAGUACCCACACACAGCAAGAAUUGCUGAUGGCAAACCUGCAGACAAAGCUUCUUGGCCAUGGCAAAGCAGCCUGCAGGUGGAAGGCACCCACCUCUGCGGUGCCUCUCUCAUUGGAUCCCAGUGGCUCGUGACCUCUGCUCACUGCUUUGACAAUUACAAAAACCCCAAACUCUGGACAGUAAGUUUUGGAAGAACCCUUAGCAGUCCACUGACAACACGAAAGGUGGAAUCUAUCAUCGUUCACGAGAACUAUGCAGCCCACAAGCAUGAUGAUGAUAUCGCUGUGGUCAAGCUUUCCAGCCCCGUACUGUUUUCUGAAAAUUUGCGCAGAGUCUGUCUCCCUGACGCUACUUUUCAAGUCUUGCCGAAGAGUAAAGUGUUUGUCACCGGAUGGGGAGCACUGAAAGCUAAUGGUCCCUUUCCCAAUUCUCUGCAAGAGGUUGAAAUAGAGAUCAUAAGUAAUGAUGUAUGUAAUCAAGUUAAUGUAUACGGUGGUGCUAUAUCCUCAGGAAUGAUAUGUGCUGGAUUCUUGACAGGAAAACUAGAUGCCUGUGAGGGUGAUUCUGGAGGGCCUCUGGUUAUUUCAGAUAAGAGAAAUAAGUGGUAUCUUCUUGGAAUUGUUAGUUGGGGAAUAGACUGUGGAAAAGAAAACAAGCCCGGAAUUUACACCAGAGUGACUCAUUAUCGGGACUGGAUUAAAUCUAAAACUAACAUCUAAUGCCACAGCCACCCUUUUAUCCAACCUGGAGUGUCACACACAGUCUCUGUCAAACCGUAUUCCAUGCUCAAUGCCAUGUGCAUGUUCAUUUAGCUCAAGACGCAAAUGAGUAUGGUGCAGUGACCUUCCUCUUAAAUCAGAAGGGGACAGACUUCCUUUCACAUCGUUGGAAGGAUUCCACUGACUAUGAACAAGAUGCCAUCUGCUUCACAAAGAUCUACCAUUCUGCAAAGCGUCCGAUUACCCCUGCUCAUCUCAUCUCCUAUCUCAUGUCUUUUCAACUUGUACUAAUCUGGAAGUCAAAUAAAUAAAUCUGGAAAUCCAGCCACCCUCUGC